UAACAAGCUUUCGACUGUAUACUACAGCCAUGAUCACGUGUAUCAGCUUUUAGUUUGACCUUAUAAGGGUUUUUUUACAUUAUGACCGGCGAUAAAAAGUUAGGGGACGAGGUUAUCCUCAGUUUCAUCGUAGGUGUCAAAUUUUCACAAGGGUACCAACGAUGGAGAGAAAAUAAUAAAGGGGUUUUCCCAUCUCAGUGAAAAAAAUACUUGAAAGAAACAGAAAGUUGUUUGUGUGUAUUAAGUAAAUUUGUGUGGUAUAGCUAGCAGAGAUGUAGAGAAAUCACCUAAAUGAGUAGCAUCCCCACCGAUGACGUUGUCUCAGAAGAACAAGAAAACUUUUUACGGUUUUUUCUUCUCCUCGAUUUAAGCACAAAAACUUUGCACGACUAUUUGGGGCGAUAUUUUAAAGUAAACAAUCCAACUGAGUUUUACAAGGAACUUCAAUCAGUUAAAAAUGAACUCAAAUUACAUCCAGCCCAAAGACAAAAGCUUUUCCCAAAGAAUAAGAAGACAGUAAUCGAUCAGAUUGAUAUAACCUUGACUUCUCUUUUACUUCGAACUUCGAAGUGUACUCCAAAUCCUUGCCAGGCUGAUUUGGAUGUCAUUGAUUGUGUUCGUAUAAAUCGAAAUAAAAAAGCGCACGCAGGCAUUUAUUCAAUUAGCACACCGGACUUCUGCCAGCAAUGGGGAGACCUGACUAAAGCGUUGGUAAAACUAGGGGCUGAUAUCAAUGUAAUUCAAAGGCUUUACCGUCAAACAUUAGAUGCUUUUGCGCAUAAACAAUUAGCAAAUUUGAAGGAUAAACAUAAAGGAGUUUGGCAUGAUAUCCAGCCAACUCUUAAAGAGUUUCAUGGCAGGGAUCGUGAAAUAAAUGAUAUCCAUGUUGCAAUGGUAAAUGAUGCAUCAAGAGGGUGUGUCAUUGUAGGGCAUGGUGGAGUUGGCAAAACACAAUUGGUCAUUAAGUAUAGUAACCAGUUUGUCACUCACUAUACUGGUAAUGUUAUUUGGAUUAAUAGUGAUACACGUAGCAAUCUUGAAAAGUCAUUUAAUUCUGUAGCCAACUUCUUAAAUUUGACUAAUUCAAAGGGUACAGAAGAAGAACUUGAUGCUAAAAGUAAAGUCUUAAAAGUCUACAGAUUUUUCGCUGGUACAUCUUGCUUGUUUGUUUUUGACGAUGCAAACGAUAUAAAACUGGUGACUGAAUAUUUGCCCAAACUGCCACCGGGCGUGCAGCAACCAAAGUUGUUGAUAACCAGUCAAAGCAUUGAGUGGGGUAGUCAGUUUGUUGUGAUUCCUUUAGAUGUGUUCACAGACAACGAAGCGAAAGGAUUUGUUGAAAACUCCUUAGGUUUGGAUGUAUCAAGCAGAGAUGAGGUUCAGCUUCUCUGCAAGGAACUUGGGAAUCUACCAUUAGCUUUACAGCAAGCUGUAUCUUUCAUUAAAAAACAUGUUUCAGUUGAAGAGUAUAACAAAAUGUUGCAAACUUGCAAAGUUAAACUACUUAACAGAGAAAUAAAUUUGGAAAAUUACUCAAAGAAUUGCAUCAGAACAUUCGAUCUUGCUAAAAACAAACUUUUUGAAAGUGGUGAUGAAGACGCAAUUGAACUUUUAAAUCUCAUGUCAUACAUGGAUGGCAAAAAUAUUACAAGAAAGUUUCUGCAAAAUUUCUUAUCAGACGAAUUUGCCUUCACUAGCGCAUUGGAUGUUUUAGCUGAAUAUUCGUUGAUUCGUUUUCAAGGGAAUGACAUCUACGUCCACAGUUUAAUUCAAUGUGUAAUAAGAUAUGAAAUAACUUCUCGAGUUUUGAGCUGGCAAGAAAAGAUAUCACAUGCGAUUUUUCCGUCAAAAACUUAUCCUGGAAUUUUACUUGGUGUCAUUAAAGGGUAUGUGGAUCGUGUUGACGUCAAUACAGAGGACGAUAAAGAAAUUGAUUCGUUAUGGGUGACACAUCUAGUUAGCCUGUUUAAACAUUGUAAAGAAGAAAACUUUGUAGCGGAUUAUAUACUAGAUAAAAACCUAGUCACACCCAUGUGCGAUUAUUACGAAGAUAUGUGCCAAUAUAACACUGGUUAUAAUGUCUUUCUGAACAUGUUCGAAGAGUAUAGCAAAAAAUACGGACCCGAAAAUCGAAAAUUAUUAAACCUUCAAAAUUGCAGAGCGAUGUUACUGGAAAAGUUUGGAAGAAAAAGAGAUGCAUUGGAGAUCUUUUAUACAGUGGAGAAGGGAUACAAAAAAGCUAUAGGGAAGAACCAUGUGUUUACUUUAGGAGCGAAAAUCAAUAAGCUUUCUUGUUUACUUAAUUGCGGACUAUACAAGCAUGCCGAAAUCGAGGUUGCAACUAUAAGAAAAUUAUUUAAAAAACUAGACCGGAAACUACAGAUAAUCUUUAACGAUCUGCAAGGAAGUUUGUUGUUUAUACAAGGUAAUUUUACAGAAGCUUUAAAGCUAAUAGAGAAAUGCAAAGGGGAUGUUUUAUCUAGAUGUCCCAGAGAUAACUCUAGACGACUUUGCUCAAGUCAAUACAGUAUAGCUAAUUGCUAUUUUCGACUGGGAAAAUACGAGGAAGCUAAAGAAAUAUUUGAAGAAGUAAAGCAUCGUUAUUUGAAUUUUUACAACGACGAAAGUCAUGAAAAAGUUUACAUUGCAAAACGAAGUAUUGCGAAGUGUUUGUUGUACCUAAACAAAACCGAUGAAGCUUUGGAAAUGCUAGAUGAUGUUUUGACGGGACUUCUCGAGCAAUUUGAUGAGUACAAUGCAGAAUAUUUAUCCGCCGAAUAUUUCAAAGUGAUUGGUUUGAUCGACAAAAAAGACAUUGAUGCUGCAAAGGCGCUUAUCGUGAAGAAUAUUGACAAAAGAAGCGACCUGAUUGGUGAAGUUCAUGAAUAUGUUUUGCUAUCCAAAUUUCAAUUUGCACGUUGCCUUAUGGAAGAAAUGCAAAUCGAGAGAGCAAAAAACGAGUUAUUAGUUAUCGAGGCAAGUCAGAAGGCAGCACUAGACGAGCUACAUCCGGACGUUUUGGAAACACAGUUCUAUGUUGGACUUUGUUAUUCCAAGUUAGGCGACGCAGAAAAUGCCUUGAUGACACUAAGUAAUGUUUUUAAAGGACAAGAAAAGACUUUAGGGUCACAUCACCCAAGUACGAAGAAGACCAGAGAAUUUUUAAAUUGGUUAGAGCAACAAUAAUUAGACAACAAUACGAUAAUUGUUUUAACUUUAGGCUAAAUGUUUUUUGAUCUUAAAAUGCACUACUUCGGCUUUGUUUUGUGUGUGAUUUAUAAGUAAUUUUAGUCCACAACACUGUGAAUAUUUUGUCGAAGUAUAUUUAUUGAUAAAACCUUAGAUUAUUAUUUAUAUUUUUAUGUAAGAAAAAUAAGCUUAUAGUGUUAUCUCGUUUAAACAUCGCAACAAAAUUUGUGCCAACACAAGUUGGAGGGAGCGUUUCCUUUAUUUUCUUUAUUUUGACGGAGUGAAGCAAAUACGAUUAGUACAAAGUUGGAAGUUUACUUCAAGUCAAGAAAAUUUUGCGAAAUUUUGAGCCUUGAAAUCACGAAUUUAUUUCUCUGUUUUGUAAAAAUUUUGUAGUAAUUUUUUUUUACUGAAACGAUGUUUUUGACUGAUUUCUAAUCUGUUAUUUUACGGUGGAAAUAGGAAACUUUAUUUUCACAUCAACGCGAAAAUGAUUUUUCUUGUUUUUCUGCAUUUUUUUCACAAAAAAAUUCUGAUCUUAUUAAAAAAUAGGAAAUAAAAAAUAAAAAAUGUAAUUCUUAACUUCUUUGAAAUAUUUAUAUGCACAUAAAGUAUUAAACUUAUGUGUUCAGUUUAGAGAACAUUGUAUUUAUUAUUGAAAAUAUUCGGUAGCUAUCCGUUAGUUUGUACCGAGAAAAAACUGUAUAAAUUGGUUUAAAAUAAAAAAAAAUAAACGCCGAACACUAUAGAUAUAAACAAAUAUAACUAAACGUUUUUUACAAGCGUCCGACGUUGAAAUGCUCAUACUGGUGUCCAGCAAUGUAAGGGACUGCUUUAGACAAUUAAUAGUUAAAAUUGGACAUCAAACCUUCUGUAGUAAUAGUAAUAGUAGAAACAAUGCAAACAAACACGUGUUAUAAAAACAUGCAUAGCUACAGCUGGGAUGACAGUGAUGUAGCUGUGAGAGGUUUAAGCCUUUCAUCGGGUGGUUGCUUGUAAUAUCCUUACCGUACUGCGCUUUAAAUGUGAUGUUGCAGCUCCUCUUAGUGCUGCAACGACUUGCUUCUAUGACAGAUCUGUUAGAGCGCUAUUAUAUCUUUUUCUUGCAUAGAAUGUGAUUUGCAGUCGAGGCAAUGGAAUGGAAUCCUUUUUUUACUUUGUGCUCAGUUUGUUUUGUUUCGUGUAUAGAUAUUUGGAUGGUUAACGUUUUACCUAAUAUGGUAAAAAAAUCCCGCAAAGAAAACUUUUAAUUUGCUAUUACUGUUGCUUCGAACCAAAGUUUAUGUUUAAAACAAAAGUUGGAACAAGCUUCUUCCUAAACGCUUACUUUGAGUUUUGUGUGGACGUUAAAACUUCAACUGAUUGUCGUUCAUUUUUUCUUUAAUUGGAUACCUUGGAAAAAACACGCUGUAGUUGGACUGCACCAGUAUUUACUGUUUUAAAGUGUUUUAAAUUAUGAUGUGGGUGAUAUUUCAAUUUAAGGCUAAGGAGAAGACAUUUUCGCGGAUAAAAUCUAGGUUUAUUUGCCGC